GCUGCUGCAAGAGGAAGUGCCAAUCAUGUAAAUUCAGAUAACAAGUGUGACACUGCAUUAGAGAGGCUGUGAACGCCACGCCAGCAAUAAGAAGAUUCGGUGGGAAGUCCAAAAGAGGUUCCAUAUCUUCAAGAACUGUGCAAAGAGAGCUGUAAACCUUCACCAUGUCUAAACAAAGGACUGUGCGCCUAGAACCUGGGAGACCCAACCAGGUAAUUUAUGUGCUGGGAACUGAGCUCAACAUCGACAUUUACAAGCCGGCACCUCUAGGAUCCCAGUCAUUUGAAGUGCACUCCAGCCCUGAUGUCAAAUGUUCCAUUUCAGAUCUACACAAUGUAAUUGUUGCAGCUGAACAUGCAAAAAGAUGGGCCAUCAACAAUGGGACCUUGCUUGUGGUCACAAUGGAAAAAACAAGCAAUUAUCUCAAUGAUAACAAGGUUACUAUUAUCUUUUAUGGAGACAAGUUGGAUAAACCAAUUGACAAGAUUAUCCUCCAGCUCACGGCUGUCUACAUAUCCCUGGAUGUAGAUGCAGAUCGUGAUGGUGAAGUUGAGAAGAAUAAUCCAAAUAAGGGUUCUUGGGCGUGGGGUCCAAAAGGACAUGGAGCAGUUCUUCUUGUGAACUGUGACAAGGAUAUGCCUCAAACUGCCGAAUCUGACAGAAGUGAUGAUACAGUGCAUACAUUUGGAGACCUUCAUGAUAUGUCUCCUAUGAUCCUAAGAACUGAAGGGCCCAAUUCUCUGCCAUCUGACUACAAACUCCAGCUGUACAUUUCAGCUUCUGAUGCAAACAAAGUACAAGUCUUUCGUCAUGAUCUAACAAAAAUGACAAAAGUCCUGGGCAGAACGAAGCUGUCGGCAGUUAUGGAAUAUACAAAAGGGAACAAUGAAUAUCAAUUCUUCAUUGAGGGACUCGUGUUUGCAGAUGAGGGGAAUAGCAACAUGGUGACCAUCAACCUUAGCCUGCUAGAACCAAUGAUUGUUGGAGAUGCUCCCAUUUUCACAGAACAUGUCGUGUUCCACUUGGCUCCAUGGAUUAUGACUCCUAAUACUCUGGCUCCUCAGGAAGUGUUCGUGUGCAGUGUAAUGGAUAAUGCAAAAUUCCUGAAGGAAUUUGCAGUUGUGGUGGAAAAGGCAAAGUGCAAGCUGACAGUUUGCACAAAGGAUAUGAAUCGCAAAGAUCGCUGGAUACAGGAUGAAAUUGAAUUUGGUUACUCAGAGGCUCCUCACAAAACCUUCCCUGUUGUGUUGGACUCUCCUCGCGAUCGUGGACUGAGCAUGUUUCCCUACAAACAACUCCUGGGCCCGGAUUUUGGACAUGUAACCAGAACAACUAAUCUGGUCAGCAGCCUGGACUCCUUUGGGAAUCUGGAAGUCAGCCCUCCAGUAACAAUGAAUGGAAAAGAAUAUCCAUUGGGAAGGAUUAUCAUUGGAAGCGCUUUUCCUACUACUUCUGAAGGGAGAAAUAUGGCAAAGGUGGUUCGGGACUUCCUGUAUGCUCAGGUAGUGCAGCCUCCCAUUGAGCUCUUCUCCGACUGGUUGGAAGUAGGUCAUGUGGAUGAGUUCAUGACUUUUGUUCCAGCCCCUGACAGAAAGGGUUUCCGGCUUCUCCUGGUCAGCCCUGAUGCCUGCUGCAAGCUAUUCACAAAGCUCCAGCAAGAAGGUCACGGUGAAGCCCAAAUGUUUGAAAAUCUAAAUACCAAACCAUUCAAAAUUAAUGAAAUCCUAAACAAUCAAAAACUACUUAGAGAUAAUGCUUAUGUGCAGCGAUGCAUUGAUUGGAACCGAGAUGUCCUAAAGAAGGAACUGGGAUUGGAUGAAGAAGACAUUAUUGAUAUUCCAGUGUUGUUUAUGAUGCAUGAGAAAUACCAAAAAGCAAUAGCAUUUUUUCCAGAUCUUGUGAAUAUGAUAGUCCUCGGCAAAUACCUGGGCAUUCCAAAGCCAUUUGGGCCUCUGAUAAAUGGAAAAUGUCCACUGGAAUCUGCGGUGCGCUCAGCACUGGAACCACUCGGCCUGGAGUGUAACUUCAUUGAUGACUUUGUUUCCUAUCACAUGAAGGCAGGUGAAGUUCACUGUGGUUCCAAUGUUCGUCGGAAGCCAUUUGCUUUGAAGUGGUGGAAUAUGGAGAUGUAAUUGCCAGUUACAAUUGCCAUAAGUAAUGAAACAUUGCUUUAGUUUUUAUUUUGCUUUUGUAGAGCCUUGACAACAUGCAACCUGCUGACAAAAUAUUAGCGUCUAACAAUACCUGGACAUGCAACUUGUGCUGUUCAUGUGCCUCAAGUGCUGUAGUUGGAUGUCAAAAUCUGUGUUCAGUCAGUUCUUCUUAUGAAUUAGUUGAAUUUUCAAGACAAAUAAAGCCUGCUGUUUAUAUUCCUGUGGGUCUCAACUCAGAUGUCGUUUUGCAAAUGGGGCUCAUUUUGAUUCAAGUAACAACAUAAACUUGCAUUAAUAUCGGACAACUUCCCAAAAAUGCUUCACAGAGGUGUAUCAAAAAUCAUAAUGGCACAGGUUACAUGCUAGUUCCCAUGUGGUCAGUAGAUACUGAAAACUGUGCUUUCCUUGCAGGCUUGAAUUAUUGAUUGAAAGUUUUAAAUAGAAAAGCAUAAUGCAUUUUAUAUAUUCCUUGAUAUUACAGCUGAGCCUGAUCCUGUCAUCACUUGACAUCUCUUAUACACAGUUUUCAGCAGGACAGCACCUGGGUUUAAAAAAUUUCAUCCUUGUUUUCAAAUCCCUCUAUGGCUUCAUCUCUCCAUAAUUCUGCAACAUACAGCCCUCUAAAACCUCAGUGCUGUAUCAGUUCUGGCCUCAUGUGUAUCUCCAGUUUAAAUCACUGCAUCCCUGGCAGCUGAGCCUUCAGCUGCCUAAGCUCUAAGCUCUGGAAUUCCCUCUUUGCUUCUCUCUCUUUCUUUAAGACCGUACUCCUUUGACCAAAUGCUUGGUAACCUGUUCUAAGGCAAGCUUAAUAUAUCUUGGGGCUUAGGGUGACUAAAAUGAUAAAUUUGGUAUAAAUGUAUCUGUGAAAUCAUUAAAGGGUUAAUGUUAAUUACAUGUAAUAAAGAUUUAAUUAAAACA